AUGCGUUUUCGACAACAAAAACACUCGAAUUCAUUGGUUUCGCUCCUCCUCCACUCUCUUUUUUUUUCCAGAAUCCGUUUUUCAGAAGACGUUGACAUCGUUUUUCGGAGAAGCUUCUCCUUUCGGCUUCAUUUUUGGGUCCUUUCCUAUUCUAUCUCUGUCGUUGUCGAAAUAAAUUUCAAGUCAAGAGCAGAAGGAGAAACAAAACAAAACAAUGGGGCGCCCUCCAAUUCUGUGGGGGGACAUGAAAGAAAAAAUGUCCUCGAAAUUCCGUUCAAAGAUGCCCCUCGAGGAGUUGAACUUGUGAGGGCGAUGAUUGAGGGUGCGGCGCCGCUACCGACUGAGCCACGCGGGGGUGGGGGGAGCCACGGGGACCCACGGAGAGGGAGAAGAGGCAGAAAAAAGGGAGGAGAGCGGGUCCCCCUCUUCCCCUUCUAUUCCUUUCCUUAUUUUCUCAUUCUAACAGCCCCAAAAGCAGCGGCGGGCGGCAACAGAAGCACAGCAGCAACAAACCAUCAAAAAGUUCUCUCUCAUAAAUUUUGCAAAAUGCACGUUCGAUAUUUGCAGCACGAACACACGGGCACUGUCCAACUUCUCCUUAUGCCUCUCUCCACAGCGGCGUCUUUUAAGAGUGCCAAGUGGACCGAGGAGGAAGGCGAAGGAGAGUGCGACUCGGUCCCGCUGCCAAUACAGACGUUUCUUUGGAGACAGACAAAUCCCUUUCUGGGCGACAAAAUCGGAAAACUUCACGAGGCGUCUUGUGUGACAUUCGAACGGGUCGUCGUCCAAAACAUCCUCCAUGGAUUAUCACCUUCUCUCAGCAAUGCACUUGCUAGUGUUUCUAGAUGGAAAUUGGUUCGAGCAGCUUUGCCACACGUCAUACAGUGUUGUGGUUCACUAUUAUCUGCAAAUGUUGGAGAAAAGAAGCUGCCGACGUCGUUACAGAAGAUACUUUAUAUUCUGCACUGGAUGUUGAUCGAUUCAUCAGCAGAGUGUAUCGAGAGUACUAGUACGAAGGACGAUCCAAUCCCGACACAAUCGCGUACACUAGGUCUCUUCAAUAUCUCCACAAUCCAACUCUUCAUUUAUCUCAUCGCCCCACUGGCCGACGUCAUAACAGAAGAAGAGGUCGUGGACAACAUUCGCCUGGAGUCGGGGCUUAAAAUCUGGCAAGCCAUUUGGCAAUUCCGUCAACCCGACAUUUGGUGCUUCUCGGCGCCCGUAAAACAACGGCGUGACGAGCUGCCGCAGAUUACGUUUGCCCGGAGGCACAACCCGACGCAAUCCGAAAACCAGGGAAUCUACUUGGGAAAGGAUGAAAACGCGGCGAGGCGUCCUAGCAUUGUACCACCCCCGAAACCGCCAAGAACGGAUGCGGCAGUGUUGCACGAGAAGAGGAAAUUGGAGGAGGAGAAGCUGAAAGCCACAAAAAAGGAUUUUGUCUCAAUUGAAAUUGAACAACCGGAGAAACCGGCUCAUUUACUGAUCGAUAUGACACCGAAGGGGUUUGAAAGGACGUCUUCAAUUGUUAGAAGUGUUAGUGAAUACAAGACAAACCUCUGUGGACAGAAGCAACCCAAAACGAUAAGCAGAAGUCAGACUAGUGAUGCUUUUGACGUUAGCCCAACCUCCGAUUCCUCCGCGAAAAUGUUGGAAGAAGUCGAUGAGAUCAAAUUCGCCGAAAACGAGAACUGCUCCCUAUCAGCUGUAUUCUUCUCCGCUGAUCAAGCCCCUUUAGUGAACUUGUCUGAUAUUUGUAGUGGUUUCUCAUUGGAAGGAAACGGAUCAAAUGGACCAACAACAGAACCAACCACAAAAACCACGUUAUACGAUCUGGAGCAGCCGAGUACAUCAGGAAGUCCGCCUAGAAUACCGGAAAGUUCAAUGUAUCUGUCGUGUACAUCUUCUUCAUCCGAUGUUCCCCCUUUUGUGUUGACCAGAGCAUCCACGACAGAGGAGACCGGAUCUUCAUGCUCCCAACAGACAAUGAUACCUGCCGUCGCAGUACCUUCCACCUCGACACCUGUAAUCAAUCAGACAACACUGACACCAAUUAUGAAAACAAACGAAAACAGACGGACCGAUCACCAAAGGAUGCCAGCCUCACAAAAAUCCAUCUCCGGAAGUACGGACGACGAACUGGAUGAGACAGCGUUCGCAGAUCCAACCAUAGCAUCCUACCUAGACGUGGCUGUCAUUCGCGCUCUAUUGAUAACUCAUUGGCAGGAGAAAGGAGUCUAUUGGGCGUUGAGUUAUAUACACAACCGAUUGAUCGAGAUCAAGGCCUAUAUGAUUGUGAGGAAAGGUGCAAGACAGCGGAGUAACUCGUUGCCGAGUGGAGAACGGAAGCUAUCAGUUGCCCCUGAUCAGUUUACGAAUCCGGUCUGGGAUGAUUUGAAGAUCGAGAAUAAAGAGGAAGGAAGAGCACAUUUGCAUGUGGCUUUUAAUGAUAUCGAGAGGAGGAAAUCUUCUGAUAAUUGUCUGGCUCCCCAUCCAACUUCGAACUCUCGUCGAAGCUCUCUGAACACCCUAUCCCGUCGCGGAGCCAACAGGUCCAACCCCUCACUGAACAACUCGAUAGAAGUGCUUUCCAUUCGUGACGACGCUGAAGACGAUAUCUCCAACAUUUCUUCAAAAUCCAUCGAGAAGGAGAACUCGAAAAUCAACGCUGUCUACUUUCCCGAGGCGUUGGGAAGUACAAAUUUCAUCGAGAAGGAUGGGAAGAUAUCGGCAACUGUGAUAGUGCAAACUGUGAAUCAAGUAAUGGAUCGGUGCACCGGAGUGAGGCAGUGUGAGCUGGCACUGAACAUAGCUGAUGUCCUACUUGGAACCCCGCUGGAGCAGACUGAAACGUUUUUUGUGCAAUUGAAUAUUAUGGUGUUCAAAAUCUAUCUUGUUCUUGGCUGUCCACAUGGUUGUAAUGAAGGCGUCAAGUCGCCCCAUGGAGACUUUCUGCGUGCCAAGGCGAAAGCCAUCCUGGCUGGUCUAGAGCGUGUCCAACCGGAAAAGUUCAAGAACAUCCUGAACGACUAUGUGGAUACUUAUGGAACCCAGCAAGUGAUAGAUCUGCUGCACUCAAUUACGGCGUUCUGUCGAUCGGAACUAACUCCAUCUGAUGGCCGCCGAACAUCUGAAAGUCGUGUACCCUCUUAUCGUAACACAUUUAACGAAAAAGAUAAAGGCAUCGAGGGACGGAUUAUCAAUGCCACGUAUAAGACACUGAUAACGAAGAUAUCAGCUAUCAGUGCAGAGUUGUCGCUUCCAGAGAAUAUGAGUCUCCAACAAGACGUCCGAAUGUUAGUGAACUUUGUUCAGGAGCAUCAUGGGAACCCUUUCCGUAGAGUUGGCUUGUCAGCUCUGAAAGAUGCUACCGCGAAAAUUCCAACUAUUGGCAUAACGAUUACUUCUUCUUCUACUUCUACUCAUCAUCAUCAUCCUCCAUCUUCCUUUACACCGCCCGUCCAGUCUUCAUCAUCGUCACCACCACGACGAAAACAGCCACGUCGUCACAAGACUUCUGUGGUCCGAACGCAGUCUUCCAAGUCACCAAAAUCCGCGGUUCGACUGAUGAUUCCUGAAUCCCAAAAAGAAGAUCUGAAUGGAAGUCCAGGAGCAUCAUCCCAGAAACAAGGACCUAACGAUCAAGCGUCCCUCAGAAGAGGACUGUUCAAGAAGAAGGAGAAGUCGGGUGGGACGACUACAGGAAACGAUGAUUCAGAAGGUGAUAGCUCACCAUCCACACCACGAACAGUGUCUUCUAUGGAUGAUGGGGUGUCACCUUUGGCGAACACCUAUUAUAAGAAGAAGAGUGCACCAAAGUUGCAUUUCGCAUUUGGAUUAUUGAAAAGUGUCAAACCGGAUAUGGAUGAAGAAACGUCGGAUAAUGAGAAUGAGGAAGGCACUUCUCAAGAUUCCGAAAUGCCUAUGAGAAGACCUUUAAGGCAAAGUUCCAAACAAGUGAAGGCUCGACUCCCCAUCGAUGGUAAAGGUGGAAUGCGGUUAUGGGGUACGUAUGUCCCGCCACCCACCUAUAUUGAUGUCAAAGGUAUUUUCGAUGGGGCUCGUCGAUUCGCUUUUUUAUUGGAGACCGCGAGGCCUGGGACGUUUCCGGAUGCACCGUUGAUUGCUGCUAUCAUGCACUUGAUUACGCCCCUCCUGAGCUCAACCUCCUGGCCUCCGGUUCCAGUUCCCGUUAUCUCAGUUUCCGCAAUCCCUCCUUGCCCUCCACCCUUCAUUAAAUCCCCUGUCCUCGCGAGAGCUGCUCUUCUCCUAGAAUGCUCCAAUUUUGUCUCAAGAUGCAACCGUGGUCAAUGGCCUGAAUGGAUCAGAUCCUCCCAUCACAGAACCUUCAGUCUCGGUGGAGCACUUGCCAAUCGGGGCACACCAUCAGCCACCAGAAGAAUGCAUAGCCUCCAGAGGCAAGCAGGGCGGUAUUUUUAUCAGUGGGGAAUUCAAAUUGGAGAGCAUCUAGCGAAAAUGUUGGAUCAAUCGGAGAAGAAAAAUCGAAAGGUUCUACAAAUGGAAGACGCCAUAGAAGACUUUUUCGAUGAUGGAAUCAUGAAUGAUCAGACUGGAGAGAAGUGUCCAACUGCUCUUCAGUUUAUUGCCGUAUUGUUGUUACAAGAAAUCACUGCAUUUCUCAGAGAGACUUUUAAAACAAUUCCUCGAUCAAAAAACUCGAAACCACAAACUGGAAACUCGGGUUGGGAUAAGUUGUUGAGUCAUCGGAGAUGGUCGAUUCUCUCGAACACAUUCAACGCCCAGCAGACAGGAUCAGUGAACAGUAUCACGGAAAUCAACUCAUCUAUUCAUUUAAACGACAAAGAGCGUCGUAUCAGUCUAUCAGCUGCCGAGGAAGACUCACCACGUGGAUCCAAAGAUGCUAUAGACGAAAUCAACGCGGUUGAUAAAAAAGGUUCUGUACACAUUGCGCCCAUGUCAGUAGUACGUCCACCAUCCCUAUCAGCUCGUCUGUUUUCUCGUCAGUCGACACAUGAAGAAUCGGGAGGUUCGGCUCAAGGAUCCACGAAAUCGACGACUUAUGUACCCGAAACAGGCCGUCGAAUCGCUACCGGCCGCCAACGUCUUCUGAAACGUGGCUCUCCAAUGACAGCUGGCGCACAACCAUCCCUGGAAUCAUCCCACAAACGCAAGUCCUUUCGAAACCGGAAACAAUCUAAACAAGCUCAUAGGAAGAGGAGGAGAAAUCUGAUGGAGGAAGCCUUACGUCUUCCCAACAAUCACCCAUCAUCCAUCGGAUGCGGGCAUCUAGUAUGCGUGCCUCUUCAAACUUCCGGCGCCACCCACAUCCUGUCCGCUCGAGAAUCUCUGAAACCAACAGAUGAUGGUCUUCAGUCUCCAAUUGAAUCCGUCCACCCCACCAUCGUCCCACACUCCAACCAUGGAAGUGCACAUUCCCAACAACCCGUUGCUCUAAAGUCUUCAAUGGAUGAUGAGGAGCAGCACAUGCUUUCCAAUCUUCCAUGGAUCAAGGUCCUUAUCAAAUUUUCCAACUCUUUCGAUUUGGACUGUACACAUGUUGGAGCAUGCACUGCAAAGUGUUUUCAAAGGGUUCAUAGACAAUGCUUUCGAAUGAUCGAAGCGCUUUCGACAGUUUAUGGGGUUGAGAGAAAUGUGUCAACUAGAAUCGACAAGAGGAAACUUCUAGCAGAUGAUUGGCAGUCCAAACAGCAAGCAUUGAGAAGAAGUAUCCAUGCACGUCAAUCUACAGCAGUUCCACGAAGAGAGUCCGCUAUGGUUGGACAGCCAGAGUUUGCUAGCAAGGCUAUCAAGAUGAUGUUGAUGGAGAAGAUGCAACAGGAGAAGGAGAAAGAGAAAGAGAAGGAGAAGGAGGAGAAAGACGCGCUAAAAAAACAAUCCGUGGAACAAGACAGGCAUUCAGAAGACACAGAAGAAGAUGUGACAGCACCGGAAAAGAAUAAGCAAAUGCUGAACUACCUGAGAUCGUUGGUACUCCAACUGGUCCAUUCUCCAGUGUCAUCUGUUUUGAAAUGUACUCUUCUGCUGAAUGUAGAGCAGCACAAACAAAUGAUUGGAGUCUCCUGGAAGAUGUUAACCCAUGAGGAUCCGCACGUGGUAGCUGCCGCCGCAUCCAUGUUCAUAGUAGCCAGUGUGAAGAAGUCCGAAGAUGCGUUGGUUAUGAUUCGUGGCGCUCUAGAAUCCCCAGAACCACAGGAGAGGACUAGCGGCAUUCAACGAUUCUAUACACUAUGGAGGAAUCGAUAUCACGCGUGGCUUAAAAUGGAGGACGGUGCGCAAGCUUCAUUCAAAGUGCCCCCUCCAGGAAUCGACUUCACUCUGCCGUCUCCACCUAUUGGACAGACCCAGUUACCAGUAGUAGAUCCACCCUGGAUGCCUCAUUUGAAGACUAAAAUUGAGGAGUUAUCAUUGAAGGAAGAAGAACAUGCGACAUCUCAGACAAUCAUGACCAUGACCAGAACAAGAAGAAAGCAAAAGCAGGAGAUGGUAAAACGGGCGGUUCGGGAGGCCGAAGAACGGCAGUGUGAGCAAAGGCAGCUUUUUCGUUUGAGAAGUGCUUCGAUAGUGUCAUGUGCUGCGUAUGAGCCAGCACUUUUUCAUCACCAACAGGAGACCACUGAAGAAUCCGAGAACGUCCACCAACAUACUCGCCACGUGAUGCCAGUAGCCCAACCCUUGUUCCCAUCCGCUCUUCUAUCCGUUGUCCCUCAAAUCAUCGAACUUCUCGACGACCCUCAAGUCGACAACAAUGGAGUUUCUGUUGGUGAUGUGGCGAAGAAAGUCAUCUGGACAUGCAUUGUAGAAGAGCCACAACUGUUCUUAAGACACUUUCUCGAGAAGCUCACUAAUCGAGAUCGUCAGGAGGUUCUGAUGUCUCAACUAAGGAAAUUGGUCCUCAGAUUUCAUCCACUUCCAAGUCAAGCAGCGCAUUCUCUACUGAAUUAUCUGUUCGGUUUCGUUAUGCACUACGUCCGUGCUCAAUGCGAAGGAUCCGAAAAGGCCAUCGGAAUGGCCCUAUCCAUCUGUUGGCUCCUAUCUCCAAACAUCCAUGGAUUGUAUUUCAAGGAUCUCAAGCAGACGCUCAAGAAGGAGCAGUGCGAUUUGAAAGACUUUCUUAAAUUUCAGCAAGCCCUCAUGAUAACCGCAAACGUCCCAUCUGCCAAGAAAAUCAUUGUCCAUGGUUUGGACAGUGGUUCCGGUGGGAUCCCGAGCCAAUUUCCAGUUCACGAAGACACCCAAUUCCAUCAAAUUCUGUCUGACAGUCUGGAAUUUUUUAACAUCGAGGAGGACGACCUGAAUAGCUUCUACCUCACCGACACCAAGACUGGCGUGAUACAUCUUCCAGCGGCUUAUGUCAGAGACUAUUACUUUUUUCAUCGCUCCUUUUAUCCGCAACUGACGCUUGUCAGACUGACCCCAGAGGUAGCUGAGAAGAGAAUGAAGGAUACGGCGUUUCAUCAGAGAUUCAUCGAGUGUGGAAAAGUUUUAUUGACACAUAACAUCCUGAAGUAUAGUCCGCAGCAUGUGAUUGCCCAACGAGUCUUCUUCCUUCAUGACGAAUUCACCCACCUACCCUCCUUCCCUCGGAAAUCCCUGGAAACCUGCUUCGGGAUGUACUUCGGACCAGGAGGCGAACAACUGAAAGCGAUGGAGUCCAUGCAUAAAUUCGUGUGGGCCAAACUAAUGUCGGAUAUGUUUGAAAAGAUGGAGAACGCGUUCAUGUUUGCUGACCUCCAUCUCUUUAUAAAUGUUAUCAAUGGCAUCAUGAUAAUGCAUUGUGAAGACGUGCUGAUCCUUAGAAGAUGUGCAGCCACCUACAUCUCCAUCUCCAUCCAUUUCAACACAUUAUUCGCGUCACAGGGGUUUUUCCUAAUCAUGCCCACUUUGCUAAGAUGUUACAGUCAACGACAAACGAACAAAGUGUUCUGUGGAGUCGUAGAAUUCAUAUGUCGCCAAUUUUACACACUUCAUAGAAAACCAUUUCUCCUCCAAAUGUGUGGAGCAAUCGCAAAUAUUAUUGACAACUCUUCCAACGACUUUGAGAUCAAUCCAAUGCGAGUCAAGGCCAAGUACUGGUUCAAUCUGAUUAAGAAAAUGGAGGAGAUCACUGAUGAAGACCCAUUGGAUAUUCUAGGAUUGGUACCUUAUGAGAAGCCACUUAAGGCGUUGGAUCUGUGCUAUCGGGAUGAUCCGAAUACGUUUUGUGCGUUGACAGAUGCAAUGGCGAGUUGUAUUUGUGUUUGUGCGUUUGCACCGGAGAGCAAGAGGAGUCAUCAUAUGCUGCUUAUCAUGCAAGCAAUGCUCCCCCACAUGAUGAAACGUCUCGAGGAAGAAACUCUAGCUUCUGGAAACUCUCCAUCUGCAGUGAAACACGAAAUCUCGCAAUGGAUCACGAUGGCAGUAGAAAUGAAAGCUCUUAUCAAUAGCUGUGAACAACUAGUCCGUGGACCAACAAGAGCAUUCGACCUAGUUAAUAGUGUCUCGGAGAGAGGCAAGAGUUUUGUGGCAGACUCGCCACAAUUCUUCGAUCCACCAACUACAAACGACGAUGAGAAUUCGAGACCCUAUCAUUUAAAAGAAAAACGCUCCACUGCAGUCGCCUGGGAAGCUGCUGAAGUCGAGGAGCAACAGAAAGAAGCCUAUCGUCGUCCCAGAGACACUCUACUUCAACUCAUUGCAGUGUACAUCGAGACUGCAUCAGUUAGGCUGAAAGAGCUCACCAAGCUAGGAGCAAAUCUGGAGCACGCUAAGAUUCCGGAUGUUCUGGACCAUAAGUGUUAUGUGAAGCUUGGAGAAAUUGCCCUGGCACUUUUGAAAGUGGCUCCUUAUGAUCUAGCAACUACCACGUGUCAUGGACUUCAGAAAUACUUUCAAACCAUUCUCCCCGUGACAGAUUGGUCCAUUGAAUCGAACAGAUCCGCGUUGAACAUCAUCUUGAGAAGACUGGACAAGACAAUGUCGAAGAUCGCCAAACGACAGAGCUUUCGAAAACGAGCCAUCUGGAUUGCCUUAUCCUCCUGGGUCGUUGGAAUCUGUGAUACCCUCAAUGCCUUUCCAUACAUUGCCCAUCUUCAUCCACUAAAGACAAUAACUCAGUUAUGCCUAAGAAUGAUGGUAGGAGACCCGUGUACCGAGGAUGGGACGUCUUCGACUGCCCUUCAUCCAACUACCGUACUCCAUCCAACUCCUCCUCCCCAAGUAUUCGCGAAUUCCGUGCUGAAACUCACUACCAUCAUGAUGCAAGCAUUGGGUCAAUUCGCCUUCUCUCUGGACUUUGUCACGUCUCCAGAAGGCAUGGGUGUCUCUUCGGAGCGUCUUGAAGCAGUCCUAUGCCACGUGUUGAUUCCACUCUUCCUGAGGAUCCCAAACAACCCAAAGGAGCAAUCCAUCAUACAGAGCAAGGACUUGACACAGUGUUUGACAGUGAUGCAGAAUGCCAUAUCCCCGCCGCUUGUCAAACAGCCAGCUCCACCACUGAUAAGCACUUCAACACUGACAACCACUUUUAUCAGAGGGGCACAAGAUGUCACCGGCCGUCAAGGAUCUGUAUCUGUCACCGACCGCGGCCACUCUGCAACCGUCUCCACGCAUCGCAUCGUCCGAGAAUCCAUCUGCCAAUCCAUCUACCUCGGUCUCAAAGUUCUUAUGCUGACUUUCGGGAAGCUUCUGGCUCCGAUGUGGCCACGUGUCGCAAGGAUUGUCAAAGAUCUGUUGGCUAAGAAGCCAGGAGCCCCGAGUGCAUUGGCAUUUGUCGAUUUUCUACUUCAUUCUAAUCUUCCAAUUGCUCUGUUCAUUCUUCCAAUGAUUCAGAAUAAGAUGAAACAAAAGCCAGGAUCCGAACAAGAGGCUGCGUGGCAAGUGGAGAUUCUGGAGAAACUCGACGCUCGCUCUCAUAACAUCAUUCCAAUGUCCAUUUUAAUCGUUAAAUGCAACCAGGAGCUCCAACAACUCCGCGAGGAGCUAGCUAUGAAACCAAUCGAAAUGGCUAGAUCCUACACACCAACCAUGGCUGAUCCCCACUCCGAUUCUUCAGCAGCUUCCACGGCGCCACGUGGCGGCACAUCCCGUCAAAGUAUCGAUCGAAGAACCAGUGUUCAUGCAAAGAAGGUCCUGCCCACUAUGAAAGAAGACAUUCCGGAAGACGUGGAAGAUUCUGAUGAAGUCGGAGAAAGUUCGGGAAGGAUCAUCAAGAGUCCCAGUAUUCCGUUGAAUAAGACUCAGCAAUCGAGUCGGACCAGAUCUGUUAGUGGAUUUGGGAUGUGGAGGAGUGUUCGGAGGAAGUCUAGACAUGUUUCGAGUGCUGAGGAGUCGUCGGAAGAACGCGGAAGUGUUGAGUUGCAUGAUAUCGGAGCUGGAGCGGCUGGAGCAGCUCCGGGGCAUCAUUCAGCACUACAUGAGCCAAAUCGAACUCCAAAUCGCCGAUCCACGGAAGCUCUCGUGUUGCCGCUUCACGAGAGCAUUGACACCAAUAGACAUCGAUUCGUCUCCUUCUCAACGCCCAAAAAGUCGCACGAGGUGUCGGAAGACGUCUUCCAGAUCACAGAACAACAUCAAUUGGUGUGA